UGUCAGAUAAUCGCUCGAAUAACAAUUAAAAAUUCAGUAAAUUACUGUGUGAACAUGUAUAUUUCAGAAUUAACCCACAAAUAACACUUUAAUGAUUCCAAGAAUCACUUUUUAUCUUUCAUCGACGCGCCGUAACGUCAUUGAGUGACAAGAGACAACAGGGCCCCCUAGUGGCUUAAUACUCGCCACUGAAGCGAGAAGCUAUUGGGUUGAGCGCUGCUGAGACAAGACAAAAAACUUUCCCACUGGAAAGAAAUCACUAGGUGCUUUUUAAAAGUCGUUGUAGUGUCAUUUUUCAAAGUUUUGUGGAGUGUGCCAUUGGUGAGAGUCCGACUUGGGACGCCAACGAGAAGCUGCGCACUAGUUUUUCUCUCCCAGUAGUGUCAUCAUUUUUUUUAACCGACCAGAGGUUUGACCAUGACCCGUGUCCCGGUGCUCUUUUUGUUCUUGUUGUAUCUCACAGCUGUGUGUGGAACCACAGAGGAUGGCGGCUAUGAUGACGUUGCCCAGGAAGAUGACGAUCUUCCAGACUACACCAAACUUCAUUGGUGUCGUUCCCCCCGUCUCGUCAAUGGGGAGAUAUCCUGCCACUCCCCACACGGCCGAGCGUAUCGGACCACCCAGGGCACCCGCUGCAACAUGAGCUGUGACCGAGGCUAUCGCCUGAUUGGCCGGAGCUCCAUCCAGUGUCUCGCCAACCGCCGCUGGUCGGGAACCGCCGUCUGCCGCAAGAUGCGAUGCAGUGUGUUGCCCCUCAUUCCGCACGGCAGCUACACAUGCACUCAGGGCUUCGUGGUGGACUCCAGGUGCGACUUCACCUGCACCCCCGGCCAUCGCAUCGAAGGGGAGCACACCCGCACGUGUCAGCACGGGGGGACGUGGAGUGGGGCACAGCCUAUUUGCUCAGAUACAGAACCUCCCAAAAUAAGGUGUCCGCUAUCCAGAAUCAGGGUGGCAGAACCUGGAAAACUGACUGCCAGAGUGACUUGGGAUGCACCAGUUGCUACGGACACGGCUGAUAAAAUGCUCGAUGUGAUCCUCGUGGGCCAGGAGCCCGGCAGUGAAUUUAAGGAGGGACCCAAUAUUAUUCGCUACAAAGUCUACGAUCAAGCCAGAAACCGAGCCGCCUGCAAGUUUAUUGUCCGUGUUGAAGUGAGAAGAUGCCCUUCACUGUCUCCACCUUUUCACGGUUCCCUCACCUGCUCAUCCGAUGUCACCAACCACGGCGCCGUGUGCGAAUACCACUGCGACGGCGGUUAUGAGCGCAGGGGCGUGUCCAGUCGGGUUUGCCAAUUCGACGGCAAUUGGAGUGAUGGGCCUGCGGAGUGCGUUCCGAUGGAGAUUGAGUCAGAUGUGAAAAGCGCGUCGGCUCUGCUACGUCAAUUUUUCGAAAAGAGGCGACUUCUCAUCCUGUCUGCGCCCGACAUCGCCGACCCGGAGUACCAGCUGCAGAAUAUCAUGAUACAAAAAGCAGACUGCGGCUUACAACUUCGCCAUGUGACACUGAUCGAGUUGCUGGGCUCACCGCCGAAUGAGACGGGACGCAUCAAGGACAAAAACUUGACCUCUGUAGUCGUUGAGGAAUUGAGGCUCACAUUCCGAAUCUCUGGGCAAUACUUCAGCAUGGUGCUGGUGGACAAGCUCGGGCUGGAUCGGGAGCGGUUCAUCAGCCCCAUAGCGUCGGAGGAACUCUUUUCCUACAUUGACAGCUUCUUGCUAGAUGAAGAGGAGAGGGAGAAGCUGGAGCUCCACAAUGAUUUCUGCGAGUCAUAAAAUAAUAAUAAUAAAA